AUGACAAGCAAAACAAAUUUUAUUGUAAAUAAUGGUGAAAAAGUAGUGCACGACGAUGUACCAGAAAAAAAGAAGUCAAAAAUAACUAUUCUCUCAGAAAUUAGAAUACUGCCUAAAACAGACAAAAAUAAAAAAGCACAAACGACAAGGAAAGAAGAAGGAAAAGCUGGACCAUCUGGUAUUACGAUAAAAAGAGAAUUACAAAACGCUGGACCAUCUGUUUUAAAUACUCAUUUGAAAAAAGAUGUCAAAAGGAAGAGCAUAAGAACCAAAAACCUCCAAGAUAAUUCUUCGGAUUCGAACUCUGACUGCUGUGUACAGUAUGUAGAUUCUUCGGAUUAUGAUUCAAUUGAAGACAUGCAGGAUUACUUAUUGAGACAACUGAUAGAAGAUCAGAAAAUGGAUGAAAAGGAACAAGUUGAACAAAUGACCUAUUUGGAAACGAAAGGACAUGAGACAGAAAGCUUGAGAACAGAAAGUGAUGUAUGGAUAAAAAACGAGAUGUUAAAUGACAAGGAGAAAGAAAAAUGUGGAAAACAGGAAAUAGAGGAACAAAUGAAAGAAUUGGAAACAAAAGGACACGAGAAAGAAAACUUAAGGAUAGAAAGUGAUGAAAGGAACGGACAGAAUGUGGAAAAACAGAUGGUAAAUGAAUAUAAAAUAGAAAACGAUGGAAAAAAAAGGACUGAAGAUAAAACGACCUAG